UCAUUAUGCAUUGCUGAAAAAUGAUGUCAAUUAGCGGUGCAUGCAGGGUUGCAAUUGUAACAUUGCUAAUAUGAAUAAAUAACAAAAAAUUGUAUAUAGAUAAAAUUGUUCGAGAAAAUGUAUAAAUUAAAAGUUUAUUAAUAAAUCGUGGCAAAAAAUAUAUCAAAUAACGAAUGAAUCAACAUGAAUUGUAUGACGUGUAUAAAAUAAAAAUAUGAAAAUUAACAAAAAUAAAAAUAUGACUGUACUUAAAUAAUUCAAAAUUCGACGAUGCCAAUAGGGCGUACAAAGAGUGACAUGAAAAUAUCAAAAUAAAAGAAUAAGUAUGCUUACGAAUUUAUAUAAUAAAACAAAGAUCAAUAUAAUCGGCCUACAAAAGAAUAAUAAAUCAUGUAAAUUAACUAAAAGACAACACAAGAAUGAGAUGAAAGAAUGAAAAUGAAAAUGAUUAGUAAAAUUUCGAAAGUGAUGAUGUCGUGACCGUUUCAAAAUGGCGUUGUCAAUCCUCAGCUAGUUCGUCAUCCAAGAUCUUCCUUCUUUUUAGGGCCUUCUGGUAUUAUAUAGAUUUGUUCAGUCCGUGAUAUUAAAAUGCAGGCUCCAGGUAGCAAACAUGCUCGAAGUAUUCAGGUUUUAUUUUUAAAAAGAAAUGUAAAGAUGACGAAUGUAUGCUGUGUAUGUGUGAUGUAUAUCGAAGAAUGAGGUACAGGAUUAUGUAUAUUGAGGUGAUCACCGAUCUCGAGGAAGUCCUUUCAAAUUAUGUUCCUUCUUGCCUUGUACCUCUUAUUACUCCCACUCUUCGCUCUCUGAUCCUCAAUUCCCCUUCCUACAUUCUGUCGAUCAUUUGAUGAUUCGUUACACAAUCAAAAGUCAAUCCAACUAACAAUCUAAGGAGUGCUCUUCGAUAACGGAUGAAUUGAAGAUAAAAAAAAAAGACUAAUACAUUAUAAUGAACAUCACGGAUUUAUUUAUGCGCGUAUAAUUCUUCACGAUAAGUGUGUUACAAUAUCGUUUAAAUAAUUUCAUAUCGUAAAUAACAUAAGCAUCUUAUUGUCAAUAUUAUAUUUUCAAAUUAGUAGACUCAUGAGUCUAUGAUAAAUGUGAUUCGUUAAUCUUUUGCCUCUGAAAUUCGCUAUUACAUGCAUAGACUCAAAAUUUGAAAAUUAGGUGAUCUAUCGACGCGACCUGUUGCAAGAUAAAUAAUUUCUUUGGAGGUUUGAACGGUUUGAGGUUGAUACAAACAACUCAGUUUCCACGGUGAUGAGACAACGCUGACGUAUCUCUCGGUCGUAGUUAUUCGCCACAUAGGUCGAUUCUUCGAUAUAACAAAUAUACAUUAGUUUUCAGCAAAUUAUCAAUAAUAGCUUCUGCCUCGUGGACUUGGUAAAUUCUCAUCAUAUACAUAUAUUUACAGUCCGAACAUCAUCUCGAACUCCCGUUUAUUGCAGAGAAAUGCCCGAAAUUCCGACUUUCUGCAACGAAGGCAGGGCGCAAAAUGUGACAGAAGACUCUUCGAAACCUCUGGGAACCUGUACCAGCGAAGUUUACCUCACCUGCAAUCUGCCGAUGCGAUUCAUGUACCCGAGGGUGUUCCAAGGCUAUCGCCAAGACGAUUGUUCCCUCCCUCAUCCCUGUUAUCGGAGUACUUCGAUGGAUUAUGGGUGGCAUGCACCGACGAUUCACAGCGUACCUACGUCUUUUUUUCCAAGAACCAACGAAUUUACCAACCGUCUCGCCCGAGCGGGAAUGUAUCGCAAUUGUUCCCUCAACACGGAAUUGGACAAGUCAUUUUUCUGAAAGGAAAGUUUCGAAACACAUGUAACGAUCACCCGAGAACAAUUUUUCUCAAUCGCUUGAUACGCAAAAUAUAUUAUUUGAAAAAAGGAAAGAAAAAUUGAUAAAUUC